CAGUGUAAACAUGGCGUCGGCCCUCGGUCGCUUGGCCAGGCUCUCGGUCUUGAGACGCGGCCGCGCUUCACCGCUGACCCGCUCCGAUGGACAGGGGAUGGCGGUGACAUCGCGGCGCACAGCUGUGCGCACAUCCUCCGGUGCCAUUCUGCCCAAACCCAGGAAGACCGCAUUCGGCCUUUUCCGGAUUGCUGUGGUAGUGGUGCCCUUCUUGUAUGUGGGAACUCAGAUCAGCAAGAACUUUGCUGCGCUGCUGGAGGAGCACGACAUCUUUGUCCCCGAGGACGAUGACGACGAUGACUGAGGAGCCUGUAAGCUUCCUGGUCACCAGGUAUCACUGGCUUGGUUUGUGGGCUUCCCAGUUAAAUAUCGUAAAAGUUCAAACACACACACACACACACUUGUUCAGUCUGGUUGCAUAGGCAGCACCAGUGGAAUACAUCCAUUAAAGCAAGAGACUCUAAAGGUAGCACACAAAUGCUGCAUUUGAGUUAAAAAUGUCCUUGUCAAAUAAGUACGACUCUACAUAAUCACUUGUACACGUGCUCUCUUUAUAAAUUUAAAAAUAUGGCCGUAUUACACCAUUUCAA